UUUGCAAGCAAGGAAGUAGAAGGGUUAAUUUUGUAAAUAAAAAAAAAGCAAAGCUGAAUAAACAAGUAACCCUCCAAAGCUUUGUUGGUUGAAUUGCAAAAUCAUCUUGUGUUGUUUGUCGGGUGCCUCUCUCCUUCUUGUUGAUUUCCAUCUCUGUGAUUGAACCUGCAAUUUUCAUUAAUUUGGCGGGAAAAAUGUCGGGAAAAGGGGCGAAAGGUUUGAUUAUGGGAAAGUCCUCCGCCAGUAACAAAGACAAGGACAAGAAGAAGCCAAUCUCUCGCUCCUCCCGAGCUGGCCUUCAGUUCCCUGUGGGUCGGAUACACCGUCUUUUGAAGUCAAGGACUACUGCACAUGGGAGAGUUGGAGCUACUGCUGCUGUGUAUUCAGCCGCUAUAUUGGAGUAUUUGACAGCAGAGGUGUUGGAGUUGGCUGGAAAUGCAAGCAAAGAUCUUAAGGUGAAACGUAUAACUCCCAGGCAUCUGCAGCUUGCAAUCCGUGGUGAUGAGGAACUUGAUACCUUGAUCAAAGGGACCAUUGCUGGUGGGGGUGUCAUUCCUCACAUCCAUAAGUCACUCAUCAACAAAUCAACCAAGGAGUAGUUUCAAACGGAUUAUGGCUGCAUAUAUAUUUGUUAGUCCCAACUCAAAAUGUGGGAAUAGAUUUCUCAUCUGAUUAAAUUUAUGGUUUUUUCACCCCUGCUAUUAAGCAGGAUCGUACAUUUAUCUGCCUUAUUUUUAUGCUUGAUCUUCCGUUGCUGAACCUUGUAUACUGGUUAUGACAUAUGUUGUGGAUAAUGACAUUAUCUAACAUGUUUAAUCUUUCUAUGGUACUAAAAGGUUGCCAUGUA